UGAACUGGCUGGCAGGAGAGCGAGCCGAGGAGGAACCGGACUAGUGGCAGGAGGAGAACGAGGCUGGGCAGGGGCGGGGCCCAUGGAGGGAGAGCGAGGGCCUCUCAGGAUCCUUCCAGCCAUAAUGGAUGAUUUAAACCUGCACUACAGAUUUCUGAACUGGAGGAGGAGAAUUCGGGAGAUCAGAGAGGUUCGAGCUGUCCGUUACCAAGAGAGGUUCAAACAUAUCCUUGUUGAUGGAGACACAUUAAGUUACCAGGGAAACUCUGGCGAAGUCGGCUGUUAUGUUGCUCCUCGCCCGCUGACCAAAGACAACAAUUAUUUUGAGGUAUCAAUUGUGGACAGUGGCGUGAGGGGCACCAUUGCGGUGGGACUGGUUCCUCAGUACUACAGCCUGGACCAUCAGCCUGGAUGGCUACCGGAUUCAGUUGCCUACCAUGCCGAUGAUGGCAAACUUUACAACGGCCGAGCCAAAGGUCGACAGUUUGGGACAAAAUGCAGCUCCGGCGAUCGGAUCGGCUGUGGGAUUGAGCCAGUAUCUUUUGAAGUCCAGACGGCACAGAUAUUUUUCACCAAAAAUGGGAAGAGGGUAGGCUCGACGAUAAUGCCGCUCUCUCCCGAGGGGCUCUUCCCAGCCGUGGGGAUGCACUCGCUGGGGGAAGAGGUCCGUCUCCAUCUCCACGCGGAGCUGGGCAACGAGGAGGAGGACGACAGCGUCAUGAUGGUGGACAGCUACGAGGACGAAUGGGGCCGACUCCACGACGUGAAAGUCUGCGGCACACUCCUGGAAUAUGUGGGGAAGGGGAAGAGCAUAAUUGAUGUGGGUCUGGCACAAGCCCGGCAGCCCUUGAGUACCAGGAGUCACUACUUUGAGGUGGAGAUUGUAGAUCCAGGAGAGAAAUGCUACAUCGCACUGGGCCUGGCUCGCAAGGACUACCCAAAAAAUCGGCAUCCUGGCUGGAGCAGAGGAUCUGUGGCAUAUCAUGCAGAUGAUGGCAAGAUCUUCCAUGGGAGUGGAGUUGGGGACCCUUUUGGUCCACGCUGCUACAAGGGAGACAUUAUGGGCUGUGGAAUCAUGUUUCCACGUGACUAUAUCCUGGACAGUGAAGGUGACAGUGAUGACAGCUGUGACACAGUGGCUAUCAGGGCCAAGCCACGGGGCGUGAGGAAUGUUCUCUACCUGCACCAGGAAGCUGAGGAAGAUGAGGAUGAGGAAGAUGACGGGGAAGACAUGGAGCAGGAACACGAAGGCAAGAAAGUGGUGGUAUUCUUCACACGGAACGGAAAAAUUAUUGGCAAGAAAGAUGCUGUGGUGCCAUCUGGGGGCUUUUACCCCACCAUUGGGAUGCUGAGCAGUGGGGAGAAGGUCAAGGUGGAUCUGCACCCACUCAGCGGCUAAGGAUCAAGGGGCUGGGGAGACCCUCUCUUUCCUUCUGCCAUUCCAUGGGACUGCCAGGUUGCUCCGGCUGUUUUGUUGCACUUCCAGCCUCUGCCUCUAGGGGCAGCGUUUUUGUCUGUGGGGCCAUACAGAUCAUGCCUGUUUAUCUCACACUACUUGAGCCACCUGCCUUGUAUCUUUUCUGCUUGAUUGCAGCUGUUAUGGGGCUCUUUUGUGCCACUGUUGGAUGCUGGAAUGAUAUUGAGGCUCUUGUUCCCAAGCAGGUCUGGGAUUAGUUCCUGGGACAGACGACUGAUUUCUUCCCAUUCGCUUUGAUCAGUGUGGUUCCGGGUUUGUGUGUAUGGCUGCCGCUUCCCAACCUUUGAAAGAGAGGCUGGGGUACGGCCUGUCCUAGUCCAACGCUGAAAGGGUGCAGCGCCCUCUUCCGCGCAGAAUGGCAUCAAUCGCGGAUGGAACAGAGCGGCUGCUCUCUACCAGUGCUAGGGACCAUGUUGCAUUAUCAUACAAUACAGUGGACAUUGGUGACCCCUCCCCAGCUGCAGGCCAGCCCCACAAAGUCUUCUCUCUAACCUGUUGCUCUCCUGACCUCUUGCAAUGCAGCAAAUCCCUUUGCCACCUCCUUAUAUACGCUUCCUCCUCUAGUUAAAACUUAGCUUGUGGUCUCAUGGCUCCGAGGAACUGCCAGGACCCUACCUUCUUUCCUGCAAGAGGGCACUAUGCUAGUUGUAAAAAUGGUUUGAUUGAAUAUUAUAGAGUUGGGGAAGAAAUCUUUCUAGGACGGUUUUUCUUAAGACCCAACACCUCAUAUUAACCUUUGAAGGGAAGUUCUUUGCUGACCUCUCACCCUCCUAUUGUGCUAGCAUGUUUUUUGCCUGGUACCUGCCCUGGAGAAGGGCAGAGGCAUGUGAAUCUUGAGGGUGGUCUGUCUUCUGCUGUCUCCCUUUCCUGAGCCACAGAAGGUCCUCUAAUAUCAGAUUUUAUAUAUACACACACUGGCUGUCGGAAGGGCCUGGGUGCAAUGCUGCUGCAUAUCUCUGUACUGUUGCUGUUGUCUUUUUAUAAAGUCGGGGUGGAGAAGGGGCAUGAAACAUGAAUUAUGUCCUGCAGUUUGAUUGUAAGUUGUUUACUCUUUGCCUUCCUUCUCCUCCUCGCAAGUUCAGAAGGGCUGGUCCUUCGUGUGUAUGGCAGCCUGUGUAUUCAUUCACUCUCUAGGUCCCUUAUCCCUCCCCCGGCAUUGUGCUUGCUUAGUUGUAACCCUUUCUUGCGGUGGCUUUGAAGUGAACAAAGGCUCCUUGGAAGGGUGAAGAUCUUGUCAUGAUGCCAUUUGGGUACAUGUGGCUAAUCGAUGGCAGGAGAAGCCAAAGAGUAGCAGCUGCUUGGGACAGUGAACAGGUGAAAGACAAGUCACUACCUUCCCUUUUCCCCCCACAUCUCUGGCCCUGUGUUGUCAAGGGGCAGGUCUUGCUGCUAAAAUGAAAAUGUUCUGGGAACCUGAGAAUGGGAGGUGAUGGUCCUGAAAACUGUUGCACUGGCUCCCUCUCGUGGUGCUGGUUAUCUGGCUUUGUUGUACUAGUCCUGUUUUUAUAAGUUGGUGGGGUGGGAGCAAAAGCAUCCUUUCGUCGUUCUCUUUCUUGCUAGAAUGUCAAUACGUUACCAGCAACACUCUUGGAAAAGUGAGAAGGCUGCCUCCAUCUUCAACCUUAACCAAUGCUGCUGCUGAAGAUUUCACUGGUGGAAACUUCCCCUUCUCCUGUCUCUGCCCCCCACUGCUGAAAUACCUGGCAGCAGAAGAAAGGAAUGAGGGGGAGGGGGGAUGCCAGUGUGUGAUUGAUCAUGGCAGGCUUGUAGGCAUGCUGUGCAAAAUUCUCUGGCUGCAGCAACCCUUAAGAGCCCAGCCUUUCCCAACCUGAUGCCCUCCACUUGUGGCAUGAGGGGAGUUGUAAUCCAUCACAUGUGGAGGGCAUUGGCUUGGGGAAGGCUGCCUUAGCGGGGGCGACAGCACUGCUCCUUCCCUCCCUCCUCUUGUGCAGUCCUGCUCUUGAGCUGUGCAGACCGAUGGAGCCCUCCUCUCAUGUUCUGUGUUCCUCUGGCUCCUGCUGCAUCCCGGGGGACGGAAUCUUUAUACAUUCAAUAAAGUUGAAAUUUCCAUAUUUAUCCAGCA